AGUGUCACAUUGCUUUCCUGAAAACCAGUUUCCUUUCCCUACUUGAGGUCGAAAUCUCAAGAGUCCCACAAAAUGUGUGAGGCGUUUGUAGGAACCUGGAAGCUUAUUUCCAGUGAAAAUUUUGAUGAAUACAUGAAAGAAGUGGGAGUGGGUUUUGCCACCAGAAAAGUGGCAAGCAUGGCUAAACCCAACAUGAUCAUCAGUGUACAAGGUGAUGUGAUCACCAUUAAAUCAGAAAGUACUUUUAAAAAUACUGAGAUUUCCUUCAAACUGGGCCAGGAAUUUGAUGAAGUCACUGCAGAUGACAGAAAAGUCAAGAGUAUCAUAACCUUAAAUGAGGGUGGACUGAUUCAGGUGCAGAAAUGGAAUGGAAAAUCAACCACAAUAACACGAAAACUUGUGGAUGGUAAAAUUGUGGUGGAAUGUGUCAUGAAAGAUGUCACUUCCACUAGAAUCUAUGAGAGAGCAUGAACUGACUUCUCAAUGGGCCAAAACCUGCCAAACUCCACCACUUUUUGUUAUGUGUGUGUUGUUUAAAUAAAUAUGAAGUUCUUCAGGACUAUAUUGAAAGAAAUUCUAUUUGCAAUAUGUUUAUCUACUCCUUUCUGUUUUAUUGAUUCAAUAAACAUCUUUAACAUUAAA